GCCCGACCGCCGCACCGAGCGCACGCCGCGACGCGCACGCACACACACAACCCGCCGAUAAAUGUGUGUGGUGCCUGACCGGAAUACUGUUGUAGGCGCAUCAGUAGGAGUGUUUGUUCGGUAAAUAGGCGAAAGAUUUGGAUUGGGAGCGGGCUAUGCCCUAGUCCGGGAGACUGGGCGUGAAGAUACUUGAGAGGCAGCUGGAGAUCCGUCAGCAAUGAUGCGGCGCGGUUCGAUGGCGAUGAUCGGCGGAGGGGAGCCGCUGAUCGUAGUGGAGGAAAGCGGCACGGAGGACACGGACUCCUCCCCUCACUCCUCCGCGCCGACCCGCGGACUGUCCGUGGACCAGGAGUCGCCGCCCGACCCGUACCAUCUGUCGCCGUGGCGUGAUACUCGCAAGCAUUCCCUGCCGACGCCAUCCUGCACCACUGGACCUACUGCCAGUCAGGUUCGGCGGCUGUCGGAGCGAGGCGAGGGCGCGGCCCGCGAGGCGCGCGAGGCAGCAUUCCUGGCAACACUCACGUCUACACAGCCGCAGCCGGGUGGCAGAAGACAUUCCGUAGUAACUAUAUCCCGGGUGCCCCAGGCACUGUUUGGUCGCGGACGCCGCGAGUCCAUCGCAGCCUUCCCAGCUCUAGCCCGUCGCAGAGACUCCGGUUCCAAGAAAUCUCUGGUUUCCAUUGCAGGCCCACCAGCCACCGACACACUCGGCAGCACGCACAAUCUACAGCUAGACAUAAUGGAUGACAUCGUCCAAGCGCGCAAGGUUCGCAUGCGUCUCUGGAACACUUCGAAUGAGCGAGUAUGUGAAGUCCAGCCGCUAGACGAACGCUCGCCUAUGGGCGGCUCAGUGCGGUACACAAACCGCGGACGCAGACACUCAGACUUUGUGGGCUCGCCCUUGCCGCCCAUACCAGCACGACGCCGAGCUUCUGAGAUGCCGCCGCCACCGCCCAUUCCACCACGAAGCGGUGCCGGCGUCGGCGUAGUCUGCACCGACACAGACCUUCACUUAAUGCUCAAUGCACUCACUUCAUCAGCCACAGAGAUCGACCGCUGUGGCAAACCGGAGCGAACUCGCCGCCUCGCUGACAUGAGGUCGAGCAGUUUUGAUGCAUCAUCACUGAGAGACAAACCUUUGGACUCGGGCACUACUUGGUUCACACGUAGGCACCAAACAUUAGCCACGAAGAAAAAGGAAAAUGAGCCCAAGAAGAGCAAGGUGACAUUUGCUCCGGAUUCAAAACCGGCUCCAGGAGACGUGGCAGCUGUGGUAUGGGACAAACCUUCGGGGUCCGUUGUGGAUGCGAGUGCGCUUGGCAGUGCCAUCGAAGUGUUCCUUAGGAAGAGUUCCGCAGCAGACCCGGGUGCAUCUACAUCUGGUACUGCCACUGUGAAAGAAUCGGCACCAAAAACCGAAGUUCGACUGAAAACGCGAGACAUUCCAGCAGCAGCGCGGCAGCCAGGCCGCCCGGAGGGAGAGCGCUGGUACCCCAACAGGCCAGAGGAGGAGGAAGCCGUGGAGAGCUGCGAUGCUUCUCUCUGCACGUCAUUAAAAGACCUUUUCGUGUAGGCACCACGUGUGUAUUUAACUCUUGUAAAUUAUAAACAUACCUUUAGUUGUCGAGUAAAGAUUCGUUUCUAAAAUGGAGAGUGAGAGGUGACACGCCGCGGAGCGCUGUGGGCGCAGUCCGCGGCGUGCUGAUUGUACUUUAUGAAUCUUUCUAUGUGAUAGACUACGCGCCGGCGCCGGUCGUCCUGAGUCGACUCACGACCGACGCCUGU